CACGGGGAGCAUCGUCGACGCUCGUACAAACCCCGUGCAACUCCCCCUAUUUUCACCGCCAAACCCGCGACGCUCUCCCAGUAUUAGCAGCAGCCCCCGCAAGCGCAACCCACAUACACGUACGCGCAGCCCGAGCGCCUGCGUCCCUGCGCUCACCGAGGAGCACCGCCCAUAAUUUCACCAAGACACCCCACCAGUCCCACCACCACACCCGAUGGCUUCGACCUCUGGUCUGACGCGCCGCAGAGGAGGGGCCGGCCCCGCGACGGGCAAUGGCGACGACGAAAGCAGCAGAGUCAGCUCACCAGCACCCAGGCGCAACGACGACAACCGCGCCCCCGAGACGUCUUACGAGGAUUCGGAGAAUGGCCACAAGAUCGCAUUCGACCCGCGGGACAUCAGCGAAAGCGCCGAGCGGAACAAGCAGCCCAAGCUGACGCUCAUGGAGGAAAUCAUUCUCAUGGGCCUGAAGGAUAAGCAGGGAUACCUGUCGUUUUGGAACGACAAUAUUUCGUAUGCGUUGCGAGGAUGCAUUGUCAUAGAGCUGGCCUUCAGGGGGCGUAUUAGCAUGCAGAAGGACUCGUCGCGGCGGCGGUUCCCCCUCGCAGAUCGGCUGAUCGAGGUCAUCGACGAUACUCUGACCGGGGAGGUGCUGCUGGAUGAGGCUUUGAAGAUGAUGAAGUCCAGCGAGAAGAUGAGCGUCAACUCGUGGAUCGACCUCAUGAGCGGCGAGACAUGGAAUCUGAUGAAGAUUGGCUACCAACUGAAGCAAGUACGCGAACGCCUGUGCAAAGGGCUCGUCGACAAGGGCAUCCUGCGAACAGAAAAGAAGAACUUCCUCCUCUUCGACAUGGCCACACAUCCCGUCGCAGAUGGCGGUGCGAAGGAGGAGAUUAGGCGCCGAGUCAGGAACGUGCUCACGAACCGCACCGUUGUUCUGCCAGGAAGCCAGUUCCUCCCCGAAGAGCUGGAAUUCAGAUAUCUCCGAACGAUCACCAUGGUCUGUGCCGCCUACGCUGCGAACGUGCUCGAGAACGCCCUGACGACUCUUGGACACGAGGCGAGGGAACGUGCAUUUGCUCAGGUAGACGAGAUGCUGGCAGAAUAUUCGCAAUGGCCGUUUGCGAGGAGAUCUGGUGGGGGCCAGGGCAUAGCUGCCAAUCUGGGUCAGGUCAUCACGGACGAAGUCAACAAUUCCAAGGACAAGGAGCUGCAGCUUGAAGUGGUUUCUGCGUGUUUGAGUGUUUUCACGAGGCUGGACUCGCUCCUCUGAACUACCGACAUUCGCUAUUGACGACACAACUCUACACAUGCAAAUUGUCAUCUUCACAUCUUGUCCCAUUACAGCAGGCGUUGUCCAUUUGAAGUAUCUACGGCCCACGAACAAGACGGAUGGAUAUACGAGGCGGGUUUGCACGCUGCGGCGGAUGUCAUUAUUCACAGCGUCUUGCUCUCAGCGGCUAGUCUGAGAGGGGCAUAUGGGGGGUUGGGUCAAAUCACGAUGGCCGUAUAGCCGACUUUCUCUUCUUCUAGAACAUGUUAAUGCUACAAAAGAUCACCUUCCACUGACCACGCUGGCUGGAGUGGAUCGUCUGUGGUGGAGAUGCAAAAGCAAGGUUUUGGGGGGAGGCCCGACACGCGUCAUUCUCACGAUUCGUGAUCAACCAUCUUGGCAAUCACGUGAGCUGGAGACAGCAGACUGCACAUAUCGUGGGAUGCUUAGUGAGUGUCAGAUAACUGCUCUGUAGGCAUGUAGAAAGGAUGCAGA